GUAUAGUCCACAGAUAAACAAACUCACACUAUUUCUAGGUCCCUGAGUUUAAGUUUCCUUAAAACAUUAGAGAAUGGGAAAGAAACAGCAUCAAAAAGAUAAAUUAUACAUCACAAAUAAAGAAUGGCAAAGUGAAUGGGGAGGAAAAAAAGCUGGCAAGAAUAAGAUAAAAUUCCGUCGGCUUCCAUUUAAUUAUUGCAGUAUUUCCCUGCAACCAUUUGAGCAUCCAUUAUGUACGAAAGAAGGAGUUGUGUUUGAUUUGUUAAAUAUAGUACCUUUUCUAAAAAAAUACAAGAAAAGCCCUGUGACUGGAGAGCCUAUGGUUGCUAAAGAUUUAAUAAAAUUACACUUUCAUAAGAACAACAAAGAUGAAUAUCACUGUCCUGUUAUGUACAAAGUGUUUAAUGAAAACUCGCAUAUUGUUGCAAUCAAAACCACUGGCAACAUAUUCUCGUAUGAGGCUAUUGAGGAAUUAAAUUUAAAAACGAAAAAUUUUAAAGAUCUUUUAACAAGUGAACCAUUUACUCGCAAAGAUAUCAUCACAAUACAGGAUCCUUCAAAACUUGAAAAGUUUAACAUAUCAAACUUCUACCACAUUAAAAAUAACAUGAAAAUUCUCGAUGAUGACGAGGAAGCAGCCAAAAAGGAUCCAAUGUACAGAAUACGCAAAGCUAAUUUGGAAACAGAAAGUACACUUAAAGAAUUAGAAAAAACUUAUAAAGAACCAACUGAGUCUUAUCUAAAGCCUCAGUCAUCAAAAUCAGACGAAUAUAAAUACUCAGCUCACUACUCAACUGGUGCUGUGUCAGGUUCAUUCACAUCUACCUCACAGGAUAGAAGUACAACGCAGGAGGCUGCUGCACUUGAUACCGAUGUUGUACGGUAUGACCGAGUAAAGAAAUUAGGCAAAAAAGGUUACGUUCGGUUGACAACGAGCAAGGGAAAUAUAAACCUGGAAUUGCAUUGUAAUAUGGUCCAAAAAACGUGUGAAAACUUCAUCAAGUUAUGUGAUAAAGGUUACUAUGACAACACAAUAUUUCAUCGAUUGAUAAAACAUUUUAUGGUACAAGGAGGAGAUCCAACCGGCACUGGACAUGGUGGUGAAUCUGCGUGGGGCGGAAAAUUUAAAGACGAAUUCAAACCAAAUCUUUCACAUGCAGGACGUGGGAUAUUAAGCAUGGCAAACUCUGGUAAAGACACCAAUGGAUCACAGUUUUUUAUCACGUUCCGUUCAUGUCAGCAUUUGGAUAACAAACAUACUAUCUUUGGAAAAGUUGUUGGAGGUUUGGAAACAUUGAACGAAUUUGAAGCAAUCAAAACAGACAAGGACGAUAAACCUGUUGAAGAAAUCAAAUUACUGGGUACCAGGGUUUUCGUGAAUCCUUUUGAAGAAGUCGAUGAACAGUUACAAAAAGAAAGAGAGGAAGAAAAACAAAAAGAACUGGAAGCACACCAACCACCAAGUAAAACAGUGAAAGAAGAAAAGAAACAAAAAGUCUACCGUACGUCUGGAGUUGGGAAAUACAUUCCUACCAAUAUAAGCAAGCGCAUGAACGAAGAGUCUGAAUCGUCAUUAUCAACUGAAUCCAAGAAACCGAAAAAGUCGUCCGGUUUUGGUGAUUUCAGUAGUUGGUAACAAGCGUGUCUUAACGAAAUGUUUGCAACGAAUUUUCUUAUUAUUUUGUAAUUUUUAUUAUAUUAUAUGUAAAAUGAAUCCA